AUGUUGCAAUCAGAAAAGAAGAAGAAUGGAGGUGUGGACAAAAAGAUGAAGGGUUCCUGUUGUGGAGUGGAGGAUCAUCAACCAACAGUGGUUCCAUCUGGUGAGGAAUUACAAACAUUCAGUGGCAAGUUGAGAUCCUUCUUUUUCAGAAAUAAGAAGCAAGUACAAACAAAGAAUGAAUUGGCACUGCCCGAACCAACACUCUAUAAGAAACGUUGGCUAGUGUUGUUACUCUUCUCCUUCUCUAACUUUUUUACAAUUGCUCUUUUAUAUUGGAAUAUGCCAGAUGCUACCUGGAAGAUUAACAUGAUGACUUUAAUUUAUUUAAUUUUCUAUGUGCCAAUGACUUCAAUUAGUUCAUAUGUGAUGAAGAAACAUGGUUUGAGAACUUCAAUUUUAAUUGCUUCGAUACUCAACUUUGUGGGAGGUUGGGUUCGUUGUUUAGGUUAUAAGAAAGGAGAAGAAUUGUUCUUUUGGGUUGCCUUCCUGGGUCAAGCACUGUGUGCUAUUGCACAGCCUUUAAUUUCCAAUGCUCCAACAUUACUUGCAAGUAAUUGGUUUGGAGAAAAGGAAAGAACAAUUGCUACCACCAUUGGUACUCUUAUGGGUAUUUUAGGAAGUGGUGCAGCUUUUGGAUUUGGACCAUUUUUACUUGGAUUGACAGAAGAUUCACAAUCUGGUGAAUAUUGGACUGGCUCAGAGUAUGGUAUGCUUAUCAUGUUGGGAGGUCAAGCUGCCUUGGCAACAAUUUUAAUGACAUGCAGUGUUGCAUUCUUCAAGGAUAAACCACCAACACCACCAUAUUUUCAAGCUCCUGAAGAAGCUCUCAGAGAACCAACUUCCAUCAAUGAAAAUCCAAUUGAAGGAGAAACAUCUGAAGCUAUCAUUCCAGUAGUUCAACAUUCAUUCUUCCAAGAUCUUAAACAGGUACUCACAAAUUGUAAUUUCCUCAUUCUAGCAGCUGCUUACUCUGUUGGUUAUUCAGUCUUGCAAUCAUUUGUUGCACUGAUUGACCAAAUUAUUGUUCCAAAGGGUUACACACCAUAUGAUGGUUCCAUUUUUGGCAUCACUGUAAUUUUCUUUGGUAUUAUUGGAGCUACCGUGGUUGGUGUCGUUGCUGAUAGAACCAAAAAGUACAAAUUAUUGGCUGCAUCAUGUGGAUUUUUGGCAACUUUAGGUUUUGCUGGAUUUGCAGUUGUCAUGUUAUGGAAGAAGACUACUUUAUUAUUCUACAUGGCUUGCCUUUGCCUUGCUAUAUUGGGUAUGUUUUCAGUACCAACAGUUCCACUUUGUUUGGAAAUGGGUUGUGAAGUUACUUAUCCAGUUCCAGCCAGUACUUCUACUUCAAUUAUUUAUGGAGCUGGUACAGUCACUGCAGGUAUUAUUUUAGUAAUUUUGGAUAUUAUUCAACAAGUACAUUUGCAAACUACACCAAAUGCAAAGGUAUCCAACAAUGGAUCCAUUCAAAUCAUUCUCUGGAUUGACUUAUCCCUCCUCUGUCUCAGUUUUAUUCUCACCUCCAUCUUUAGAGGAAAAUACAAGAGAAUGGCCAAUGAAAAACUCCACAGAGAAAAGAGUCAGGCCUAUUUGGCCAAUCUCAUUCAAGAAAAGGACGAAAACUCAUCCCUUCUCGAUGACUAA